AUGGCAUCUCCUAUAGAGUUCUUUAUCCAUGCAUCUGCAGGAAACAAUCUAGACAAGAAGAUCGAGACGAUCGAGUCACUGGAACGGUCGCUCCAGUCCUCUCCCAACAUCGUCGAAUCAUAUCAAAUUGAAUCCUUGACGGAGUCGCUUUCACGGGCACUAAAAUCACCACAAACGAGACUCUCACAAACUGCCUUGUCUGUGAUAUGUCUGGUGCUGCGAACACUACCAGCGCCACCGCCGUUGAAGACUAUAAUACCUAUACUACUUCCGACAAUGGUGGAACGACUCUCAGAUAGCAAGGAACGAGUGCGAGAGCUGGCCACUACAGGUUUGGUCGAGUUAUAUAAUUUGGCCUGGAAUCACGCCAUGCAUACAGGAGUAGGCGCUGCAGAUUCGAUGGUGGGCUAUGUAGAAAGAGUCAUCAAGACUGAAGGAUUUGGUCACAAGACUCCAAGAGGCCGUGAACAAAGCAUAAUUUGGCUGCAAGAGUGUGCGAAUGCCAUACCCGAGUUCCCUGUAAAGACUUUCAUUCCAGCUCUUGUAAAAUUACUGGAGGAUGCACAGGAAGGAGUUCGUUCUACCAGCAGAGACGUCAUCAUCUCCAUAUACAACACAUCUCGAACUCUGCAGCACGACAUUCGAAAAGAAUUCGGCAAGAAGACGGUUAGACCUGCCGUAAUCGAAGCUGUACAGUCGCAUCUAGUGGAUUUGGCUGGUGGAUCUACAGAUCAGCUUGCAAGUGAGAGCAAACUUAGGAAGCCAUCCAGUUCAAGUACAUCACAGCUGCCUAUUCUACCACAUCCACCAGAGACACCAAUGAAAGGAAUCACUUCAGCACCAAGUGGUGGCGGAACUGCCGCGCCAGAACCUGAUCCGAUCAUGGUAUCGUCGGUACGUGAGCUUGAUGCUGAGAUCGCUACUAUUACCAGCUUCUUCAAACAAAAGGAGACAGAGGAGAAUUGGGAAGAUCGAGAUGUUGCUUUGCAAAAGAUACGCGGCCUAUGUCGUGGUGGUAUAGCAGAGCUAGAAGCUUGUGGGCCAUCUAUUAAGGCUCUGUUGGAUCCUAUGGUGAAGUCGGCACAAAGUCUUCGGACGGCUCUUGUAAUGUCCUCAUUUAUUUGCAUAUCAGACCUCGCAACAUACCUUGGACCACUUAUAGAUCACAUUGCAGAGCCCCUGGUCAUUGCCCUCAUUAAAAAUACAGCAGCCGCAAAGAAACUAGUUGCAACUGCUGCUUGCCAAUCCCUCAAUACUGUAUUAAAAAACACUUCAUACUCAUUUCGAAACUUAUCGCAUGUAAUGGCAGCCCUUUCAGACAAGAAUGCCGCAGUACGUGGAUAUGCUGCUAUAAGUGCCAAGCUGUUGAUUGAAGAAUGUAUGAAAACAGAACUACAUCGUAGUAGCUUCGAACGUAGUGGUGGGCUAGAUUUCGUAGAGAAGGCUCUUAAGAAGGGUCUAGGUGAUGCAAGUGCUCCAGUUCGAGAGGCAUCCCGUGACAUUCUGCUAAUGUUACUGCAAGUUUGGCCAGACAGGAUUGAUAGUUUGAUUGAUACUCUCGACCCAGCAACCAAGAAGGCCGUAGCAAGAAGUAAAUCAGCUGUGGGAAAAGGAUUCUCACUUGCUUCUCAAAGUGGACCACCGCCUAUCUCUCGAAGUGCCUCAGUCAGAUCACCUUCGUCUCCAACACAUAGAUCAGCUCGCAUUGACAGUACAUCGACUCCAGCACCACCUCGCACUGUAUCCGCAACCAUAACGAAAUCGUCUCCCACGUCGCAUAUAGCAGCAACGCCAAUACCAGUUAGAGUCCAUGUUGAUCGUUUUAUCGACCGUUUCACGUCUGGAGAUGUCAGAGAUCGGCAGGCCGCAGUAGACGAAGCUGUGACGAGUUUAACAGCACACCCGAUAUCGUUUCCAUCACCCAAAGCGUCUAUACUCUCGGUUGGCAAUGCUCUAAUUUCACUUAUGAGUGAUCCUGAUGCCAAAGUCUCGACCCGAGCUUGUAAUUCCAAAGCUUUGGAUGUUUUGAUUGAUCACGGUGUAACUACAGUAGAAGACAUGGUCGCUAUAUGUGUUCCUCUAGCUGCUAAUAAUCGUGUUGGACCAUCAGCAUAUCUAGAUCACAUAGGUCGUGUCUAUCCAGCGGAUGUCAACUUGGCGUCCUUGGUAUCGAUUUUGGCAGUACCAGUUGCUGCCAAGACACCAAGCAAAAUAGCAAAGAGAGCCAGCUCAGUGUCUCUAGCGUGGGAGCAGGACACGAAAAUAGAAGUAAUCAAAAGAGCUGGGAAUAUUGUCUGUGACAAGUACAAACGAGACGAGAUCAACUCAUAUUUUAGUGACGCUGCUAAUGCCCGCCUUUGGAUUACUCGACUGGUGCCAGUAUUGAAUGCCAUCCGGACAGACUGUGAAGGUGCUUGUGAUGUACUUGAGCUGAUACAGGCAUGCAAUCCUGUGGUCUUUGAUAAAUGUUUGAGCACCUUUGAUGAAAGUGUCCAAACGUAUCUGCUCGAGCUCUUCCCUAGUCUGGUUCCAGAACAGCAGGAAGAUGACGAGGCUGAAGAUACUAAAGUAGAAGUAGAAGAAGGGGAUCGAAUAGAGUUGAUGAAUGAUGCCAACUACGAUGAUGGAGAACAAGACUCAGAAAGGACGCCUACAAGAGUCAAAAUAAACCAUGACCAAAUAGGGACUACUAUAAAACCAAAACUGGAGCUAGGGUCAUUCAAACAUUUGGUCGCAGGCACACAGAGCUCAAUAGCAACUCCUCCUCAUAAUGGAGGAUCAAAUACUUUCAACUUGUUGGACGAUCCCAUAGACUGGUCACCACCUGGAGAUGACGAUGACGAUGAUGGAGACGAUAGUAAUCCAUUUGGUAGUGACGAUGACGGUCUCAUGGACGAAACUGCACCAGAUGACUUUGCUGAUGUCUCCAUGUCUCGUAAUUCUGUGAUCAUUUCUUCAUCAAGACCGUCGACUACGGCAAGUAGCAUACCAACGGAAGAUGUUCUGAAUGGCCUGAUGGAGUCUACGCUGUCUAUAAGCCCUCCAAUAACUAAUAGGUCUUCAAGCUCUGAUAUAGAGCUGUUGCCUCCCUCUCAGCCAGCAUCACGCCCUUCAUUAAUCUUGGAUCCAACACCUAAAUCAUCUGUACCUAUAAAUGCGCAAUCUAAACCACCAGCAGGACUAGUAGGAUUACAGACAUCCCAAGACCCUGCACGUUCCUCUAUAAUUGAUCAGAGUCGAUCAAGACUUAACGGUGUAUUAAAUGAAAGGUUCUUGUUUGACGGUGCAACUCCAACGCCUGCAAGACCUAAAUCAUCGGAUUACGAAAGGAUAUUGCCUGCCUUGCUCAGUCAACUGAGAGCUGGUGAAGCUGAUCGAGAUUGUGCUCGACGACUUCUUCGAAUAAUACGAUCAGUUCCAUCAUCAGUGGAUGAUUCAAAUGAUAUUGUGUCGUCGCCUGUUGGUAGUCGUGUGAAUACUUUAUGGAGUAGUUGGGGCAGUGAGUUUGUAGAUAGUCUUGUGUCUGGUCUUAAGAAGGGCAUAAGUGACAUGACAAUGUCAGAAACUUUACUCAUCUUACUAAGUGAUAUGCUUGACCGUCACUCCUCGUCUUUUAUUGGUCGAGAGAAGAAUGUUUUGGAUGUUUUAAUUGCCUGUAGAACAGUCAAGAAUGACCAGGUAUGCGGUGGAGCAGAGACUGCACUACGGUCUUUUGCACGCCAUUUAGACCCUUUAGUUUGUAUGGAAGCAUGCUUUGGCCUGUUCGAUGAUGUAGAACUCUAUCCGACAUCAGGAGGACCUACUACUUCUGUAAAUGAGAUACAGAAUCGACCAGCUCAAUCUGGAUUUCAUGCUCUAAUUCUUGUGAUAUCCAAUUUGAAGAAUGCUAUUCCUGACGUGUGGACAUCUAAAUUGGUUGAUUUGGCCGUUCGUGCAAUGUCAUCUCCCGAAACCCAGAUUCGGAAAUGUGCUGUCGAAGUACUCGCUGAAAUGCAAAAACACAUUGGUGAGACGGCCUUAUGGAGGCUGUUAGAUGGUCGUGUGAAGCCAGAUUUGAAAAAACUAGUCAGUUUGUAUGCAGACAAGCGAUCUUUUACACAGUCUGUCUAA